UUUGGGGCAAUAUUUCGAAGAAAAUUUGAAGAUCAAAAAGAAUUGUAUUCUGAAUGAAAUACUUAAUGAAGAAGCUGGAUAUGAUUAUCACUUGGAUCCUAAUUUUGAUUUCGAUAACAGGAAGGUUAAACAGAUUAAGGCUGAUAUUCGUUUAAGUGAGAGAGUUUCAUACAAAUUACGAGAAAAUCGAUUGGAGUCUGUUAAAAUCAACCAAGAAAAUGGAAUUAAGCUAUCUCCAGAACUUGAGGCAAGUCUAGAAAAGAAGUACAACAGUGAUCUCAAGGAAGAAGACUUCUCAGAGAUAUAUGAAGAUGAGUUUGAUGAACUGAGUGAAUUUAGGACAAGUGACUCUGAUAUUUACAGACACACCAAGACUGUUGAAUUAGAAGAGAAAAAUCCUGGAAAGAUGCUAGCCAGACCUAAAUUCAGGCUCAAGGACAUCUGAGAGACAUACAACUACCCCUUCAGUCUGAAUGACCUUGACAAGACUAAGAUCAGGAUUGGCAAAGGGGGUUAUGGGGAAGUCUUUUUGGUCAAUUGAAAGCUGAAUUUCCAAAAAUACGCUCUUAAGAAAUUGUUCAAAGAAACAAUUAUUCUCUCUGGAUUCAAGAGACUCAUAAUGAGGGAGAAGGAGAUCACAGAUGAGUUAGAUCACCCAAAUAUAGUAAGACUUGAAGGAUACUUCCAUGAUUCUGACAACUGUUACUUCCUAUUUGAACUCUGUCCAGUGGGUAAUCUCCGGACUAUGAUUACUAAUUUUGGUAAGCUCAGUGUGGAUCUCACAAGAUUUUACAUCAUGGAGAUUAUAAAUGCCUUGGUGUAUCUGAGAGACAACAAAAUAGUGCACCGGGAUAUGAAACCCCAGAAUAUAUUACUUGACGAUACACUCCACAUUAAAUUAUGCGAUUUUGGAGCUGCCAAGAAAUAUGACCCUGAGGAGGUAGCCAGCGCUAUUAGAGAAGAUAUCGAGCUCAUGGACGAUAACUCCGAUGGUGAGGAAAUCUCUGACUCAGACUCUGAUAGCGACAUGGACUAUGAAGAGCUUCAUAGGAUGAAGAUCAGCCGUGAGAUUUCCAAAGAAAGAAAUACCCAUAUAGGCACUCCGCUUUAUUUGAGCCCUGAGAUGCUCAUGAGUCAUUUGGCUUGAUUUAGCUCAGAUUUGUGGGCGCUAGGUUGAAUUCUGUUCGAGUGUCUGACUGGCAGCGCCUUGUUCAGAGGUCAGCAAAAGUGGGAAAUUGAGGAUAAGAUUAGAAAUAAUGAUUUUCCAAUAACUGAAGAUAUUGAUGGGGAUGCAAAAGACCUUAUGACAAAGCUACUCAGGAAGUGCCCCUUCAAACGUCUUGGAGCUGGUGAAGAAGGCUCUAAGUAUAGCCUCGAAGAAUUGAAGAACCAUCCAUUCUUUAAAGGAUAUAGCUUCGAGACUGUUUGUUCAGAAGUACCUCCGCUGUCUAAGGAAGAAAGGAAAAUAUACUAUGAGAAGUAUUUUAAAAAUAAUGACUACACACAUUAUGAACUCGGUGAAGAGAACAUUGAUGUUUCGUCAAUUCAUGCAGAGAUUCCUCUCAAAUCAAGCCCUUUAAAACUAAGACAUGCAAAGCUUGAGGUUGAUAGGCUCAGGCAAUACCCAACCGGACCGGUUAGAUUGAUCAAGAACUUAAGUGACAACAAUAAAUUGAUAGCCAAGAAAGACUAUAAGAUGAGGCUACUAGAUUUCAGAUCUACUAGAUAAAUAUAAUUUCGGUCUUUUAACUAUUU